ACUCCCGUGUCCGGGUCCAGAGCGCACGGACGGAGACAGAGCGUGUGUCACAGCGAGAGAGAGGCAGGACAGAGAGAUCACUUUGACAUAUUUAUCCUCUCACCUUCUUAUUUAUUUAUUUUUAAUAUUAUUAUUCGAUUAUUUCGGAGGACGGUGAAUGUGUCCGGAGCGGUUCGGACAAGAGGAGGGCGCCUCGUGUCCCGGUGAAUUCACCGCUGAGCCAAAGUGACAGGAGCCCCGUGAAGAGGAAGUUGACUUAUUCUUUUCCCUAAAACAGAAGAAAAAACAAGUAAGAGGAGAACUGGUUUCAUGUUGUUUUAUUAAACUGAAGUCAGGAGGAGGUGGAGAGACGAGGAUCCGGCGGCAGAGACGCGCAAGAAUCCAGAGGAUGAGGAUUUAAACUCACAGCGAGCUCUACUUCACAGUUUACGUUUCCUUUUUUUUUUUUUUUCUUUUUUAUAUUUAUUUAUGUAUUUUUAAUGGAAACCGGGAGUUGCGUGGCCGUUCCCGUGGAUUCCUUCGCCCGGGCUGCCGAGGAGAGAGACCGGAGAGAGCCGGGAUCAGUGAGCUCGUCCGAAGCCACCGGGACCCGAGCUGCGCGCUGACCCACUCGGGACGGAGACGCGCCCCAGACAGAGAGAGAGAAAGAGAGAGAGAGAGAGAGAGAGUGUCGUGUGAUUGUGAAUGUCAGUGACAUGGCGCUGCUGGCUGGACAUGUGUGAUGGAUGUGAUGGACGACCUCAGCGCAGUCAACGCGACGCAGGACGAGCUCGGCCUCCUGCCCCUGCCCGACGACGACCCCAGCAGCAUAAAUGGUGGCGCCCCUGUUCCCCCCGUCCUGCCCACGGGCUUGUUCGAGGGCGUUAACUUUCCAGAGGACCCCAUUAGGCUGCCGAGUGUACAGGUGGUGUUGAUCCUGGCCUACAGCACCAUCAUCGUGCUGGGGGUUCUGGGUAAUUCUCUGGUCAUCUACGUCAUCUACCGAUUCAAGACGCUGCGCACCGUGACCAACUUCUUCAUCGCUAACCUGGCUGUCGCCGACCUGCUGGUCAACACGCUGUGCCUCCCCUUCACCCUCGUCUACACGCUGCAGGGAGAGUGGAAGUUCGGCAGCACCCUCUGCUUCCUGCUGCCCUACGCCCAAGGCCUCGCCGUGCACGUCUCUACGGUGACGCUCAAUGUCAUCGCCCUGGAUCGCCACAGGUGCAUUGUGUACCACCUGGAGACCAGAAUGCGCAAGGACGUGUGUUUCGGUGUGAUAGCCUUGACGUGGAUGCUGAGCGCUGUGCUCGCCAGCCCUCUGGCCAUCUUCAGAGAGUACGGGUCCUUCACGCUGGAGCCUGGACACUCCAUACAGGUGUGCACGGAGAAGUGGCCCGGUAAAAACACCGACGGCACCCUCUACAGCAUAUCCAUGCUCAUCCUGCAGUACUUCCUGCCACUGUCCAUCAUCUCCUUCGCCUACGCCCGCAUCUGGUCCAAGCUGCGAGGCCACGUCAGCCCGGCGGAGAGCGGUGGCGGCGCCGGCGGCAGCAACAGCGCCAGCUCCGAGCGCCACCGCCGGCGCCGCAAGACCACCAAGAUGCUGGUGACCAUGGUGGUGGUGUUCGCCGUCAGCUGGCUGCCCUUCCACGCCUUCCAGCUGGCCACGGACAUCGACAGCACGGUGCUGGACAUGCGCGACUUCCGCCUGCUCUACACCGUCUUCCACGUGGUGGCCAUGUGCUCCACCUUCGCCAACCCGCUGCUGUACGGGUGGAUGAACCGCAACUACCGUGCCGCCUUCCUCGCCGUCUUCAAGUGUCGCCGGGCUGGGGAGAAGGGAAGGAGCGGCCGGCUGGACAGCAUCCACCCCGUUGGCCGAGGACAAGGAGGAGGAGUUGGUGCAGGUGGGAGAGCGAAGAAAAUAGUCCUUGAAACUCAAGACGUGGUGUCUACACGCCUGAACGCCACCGACGUGUGAGGGCUUGGAAAGUGAAGGUGAAGUGGAGACGACGACGACGAGGCAGGAAGGAAAAGGCGAUUAUUGUCAGGAAAUUAUUUGUUUCCCGAAGACAAUACAUGCAAGACAAGGAGAUAAAGAUGUGAGAGAAAAUAGCAAUGACAGACUGAGGGGGAGCCGGCAGGAGGGAGGGGGCAGGGAUUAAAGAGCUUUUGGAAGCCUGAAAUAGAAGAGGAGGCGGAGAUGAUCAGGAAUUAGAAGAAUGAGGAUGAGGAAAACCUGACUGAAAGCCUUCUCCAACAGCUGAUGAAGCAACUCUUUGAGGAACGUGAUCUCUUUGAGGAAAGUUUUAUUGAGAAAAGAUCUGAGAAACUGAAGAGUUUCGUUCAAACGAAAAGUCUCCGUUGACAUUUACCGAGACAUUUAUCGGACAUAAAACGGUGGACACGCGAGAUCUUGUCAAAACAGGGCUUUAGUCUUUGUCUCCGUUUGACAUGUGAAGCAUUUAGCUCAUUUAAAACACUUAAAACCAGAGUGGCUUAAAAACAGAGAGUUUGUGUUUUCCGAAAAAAACGAAGGAACAAAAAAUAUCCAUGCAUUAAAAAAAAAUGAAAGCUAAAAAAAAACACACACACACACACACACACAACACAGAUUGUUGAGUUAGGACAGGGCUAAGGAGAAUGAUGCAUGAUGCAAGCUUUGAGAAAUCCGCGACACUAUUACAUCAAAUUAACGGGGCAUUAUCGGAAACAAAGACGAACGUGGGAGAGAGAAGGAAGUCGGUGGUCGAAAAUUCAGACGACUCAGACUAAAAAGGGAGAUCCUUUGCUUUUACUUUUCUUAACAGGGCGUCAAAGACAGGGAGCAAAGGAAUAAGAGAUGGGGGUGGGGGCGUUAAAAUGAAAUGUGGCUUCAGUUUAGUCCAACAGCAGAGUAAAGGGACUCCCUACUUACAACGAACAUAUGAAUGUUAACAAUAAAAAGAGACUUAUUUCAUCAGGAUUUCCAUUUCUUUCGUUUCGGGGCCUUUUGUAACAUUAAAGUCUCUCACUGUGACUCCAGCAACUCAUUAAAAACUUCUGGAUUUUAAUCUCGCACUCAGACCAGAGGUGAUUUGUUUCAUAUGCAUGGGCCAGUCGACUCAGACUAUUUGAUCCAAACUUAAUCAGAGGGAGAUAAUAGUUUAUGAAAAAGACCGUUAAGAUGUGAUGGGUCACAUUGAAAUACAGCUCAUUAUAGGGAUACAGUUCACUUUUAAUCAUUUUUAUCAACUAUUUUAAUCUGGGUCCUUCGAAGGCAGAUUCAAGAAAAGAGAAAUCACUUCAUUUAUGCAGAGACUCCACUUCUGCUGUUCACAUUCACACCAGGUGACUGAGCCUUGACUUUCAGGCAGCCCUCACCCGCUAACUACAAUCAGUCUGGUUAAUCCCAGUCUAGACUCAGCUGUUUGCCAGCGUCAGGCGUCAGUUAGCAUGUCUAAACCUAGCUUCUGCGUGUUCUGCACCAGUAGCUCUGGACGGACCAGAAGAAGGUUCUGUGUGAUCAUCAUCUGAACAUUUAAAUGUACAAAUAUACGACCUAGCUUCCUAGCUUAGGCAUCAAGUCCCUGGGGCCAAAGCUAAAGUUCAGUUACAAUCAAACAAAAUGACCCAAAGAGACAAAACUGACCCCAAAACAAACAAAACAUCCUCAAAGACACUGGCCUCCCUAGUCCCCAACUAUCUCCUACAGAGUUUCCUCUUUUUGUCAUCAAACAAAUUGCACAGUUUGUGCCUAGCUUCCUAGCCUCACACUUGUUAUGAAGAGUUGUUUCCUCUCAGCUGCAGAACAUACUGCAUGUACCAGCUGUUUGUUGACUAUACUCUUUGUGGUUAGUUCAAGAGCUACGCUUUGGUUUGGAUGUGGGAGAUGUGAUUGCUGGUACCUUCAAAGUGUCAAGAUGCCGUUGGACUCUCCACAUCCAUAAAGCACAAAAUAUAAAUAAAGUAUAUCAGAAACCAGAGGAAUUAGCUGCACAGAACAACAAAACUACCAACAAGGGCAGGGGUGCAAAGCUAGCAUGAGCCACAGAGCUGCAGUGGACGUAUGAACGGGAAGUUGGGCUUGAUGUUGGUGAUAACAGAUGUUGAACAGCGGUUUCUUUGAUUACACACCAACCUCUGUUAGUUAAAUUGGCAGGGAGGUGAACGUCAGGCUACGACAUUAGAUUUGAAUAAAUCUGACUUUCUGAAUGGUUAUGGACCCAGCCACAUCCAUAGAUUUCCCAUCAUGCACCUUGUAGAAGAAGACGCUGCUUCUACAAGACGCUGCUUGUAGAACCGGAGAGGUGAAGGGCGGUAGGGUGUAUCCCACCAGAGAGCCCAUCAGCCCCGCACCAAGAGAUACAUAUAUAAAUACAGUCCUGAAGUAAAGGAGCUUAACUUCUAAUUAAAUCCGUUGUUUGAAAUGUUAUUACCAAAGGUUGUUUCAUUAUGAGUUUAAACUUUAAUAGCCUAAUCGUAAUUACAACUCUCAACUUCCCUCUGGCAGCAGCUGCUUCAAAAUAUUAAUUUGGUGUAAACACAGCUGGCUGAGUGAAAAAUGACGCGACUGAAGUGAAUGAGCAUCCGAGGCAGAACUCAUCAGAGAGAGAAACGGAGGCCUCUUUGUAAGAGGGGGAUCAAACACCCUGCUGACAAAAUCCUCGGUUGUUUUUUGGACUUAGCCUUUGGUUUUUUCCUCCUUAAAUCCCUUGAUUAGCAGAUUCUCUCUCUCUAGCCCUUUAAGCUGCGUCACCUCCUCGCCCAACCCGCAAUCCCACAAUCCCCUCUGUUACCUCCCACGGAUGCUGUUUAUCUCUGUCCUCAUUUCUGUCUCCUCUGCUUCCUCUCCCCCCUCAGAGAAAUGCCUCAAAAUGUCAGAACUCGAUUGGAAGUUGUCACAAACGUCACUGGUUGAAAAUGAUUCUGUAAGACACCGCAUCCUCUGUUUAUUCUGUUCUGCAGAAGAGAUGAAAUAAGACUUUGACUCCUAAUGUACUUUAAUUGAGUGUCUGACUUGUGAAAUUGCCCGGAAUUAGUUUUGACAUUUGAGUUUUGAACAGCAUUUUUGCUUUAAAGUUCAGGAAGACUCAAAUCCUCAAUCCACCACCAUCGUCGAAUCAAUACAGUUAGGAAAUAAAAGUCACAUUAACUGGACGGAUACAAGACUCACAUUGAAGCACAAGUACAAAAGAUGUAAGCACAGAAACAGCAGUACAUUUCAGUUAAGAUAUAUCCAAAUCAACAUCUCACAUCAUCCAGAAUUGCUUUUUCUAAUGACAUUGACAUAAAUUAAAUGUAUAACAACAUUAGCAUCUGGAUUUCAUUAUUUAGCGUGUUUCAACACAAACAGUAAAAAAACAAAACAAAAUGCGAUGUCUGAAUCAAUGUCUUUAACAACUGAUGUCAUAGAGGCAGUCAUUUUGUUGUGGACCAAUUAAACUCAAUGGUGCUGCCCCGCCCCAAAACAAUCUGAGUCUUUCCAUCAGAUCCUGAAUCUAGUUACCUGGCUAACUUAUAAAUGUCUAAAACAAAUCUAAAAUAAAGGCAACUCUUUGAGUUUUUUCCCCCCAAAAAAUAAAUAAAAGCCUUUAUUUAAGCUCCCUUGCUAAUCUGGAUGUUAGUUAGCCAAGUUUUACUUCUGGGACAAUGGACACCUGAAAUAACUCCUUCUGAUUGUCCACUCAAUGAUGCUGGUUGAAUAUAUGAUCUAAAAACCAGGCCGAACAGUCAAAACUGGGAAUAAUAUUUAACAAAGCUGCUUGAAAAACACUGUUGAAAGAAAUUAUAAGGGAGUGCCAUUUUCUUUCCUAUUUCCUAAAUCAUUUUCCUAUUUAAUAUUUUUAGUGAAGUUGUACUGGAUGCAAAAAGGGAACUGAUUAAAGCUAUAGAUGGUUGCUAAUCUUUAGCAUCCUCCGCUGUUAGCAGCGCAUGAAGUAGAAAGGAUUUUCACAGUUGUUUCUGGGCACACAGUCACACUUUCAUAUUUGAUGAGGGUGCAGUCUGUAAAAGUUCUUCACAUGGGAAUCGCAUGACAUUGUCAGUGAAUAAAUAUAAAUAUUGUUGUUCAUGGAACUGAACGAGCCCGUCAAGUUACUCCCUAGCUUGCUUGCUAAACCGCUAGUUAGCUCCCUACCAAGCUUUAAACUAACAAGAGGCAGUAAGGUGUGACCUUUGCUAGCCUCAAAUGGAAAUUGUUAGCUCAAGAUGCUAAAGUGGUGACAUUAGCUGUAAGUCAUGAGAACGCCGCUACUAGGCAACUGUUGACGUCUAGUUGCCAUUGUAGCUAACGGUCAGUAAGCUCACAUCCAGGUAGGAAAUGUACAGGCAUUAUGAACGAAUGCGUUUGUUGAAGAUAUUAAGAAGUUAAAAUUCUACACGACUAUAGUUUUACAAUAUACUGAGUUAGCCUCCACCAUUUCUGAAAACACAAAACACUCACCACAAGAGGACGCCAUUCACCUGAACUAUUCUUGUGAACAUGCUAAAUACAACCUGAUUUAAAAGCAUUAAAAGCCAACCAGCUAGCAUAAGCCUGUGACAACCUUGGAGUCAUUAAACGGCACUACUUUGUUUUUUGUUGAUUUAAAUGCUCCAUUUUGAUUCUUUUGAUUAUUUUUUUUUAAACUGUAAAGGAUUGAACAGAUACUUAAGCUCCUUGCCGUGACAUACUCCACAGACGGCCACAGACGCUGCUCGACCUUUAUCAAACAUGAAUGUAAACUGCUUUGUAAAACUGGCUUGUAACGUUGUACAUUGUUUAAAUAAAUAUUGACUGUGUGAACGACUGUAACCAAACACAAACCGUUUUAAAGCCUUUACCUGUGUCCAACUACAGAUGUGUUCUGAAGCUCAAA